UUUGCUUAAAUUGUUGGAAACAUAUUUCGCCCGGUUAUAUACGAUUACGGCAUUCCAGUUUCCCGCUAGCGUUACGACAAGUGUUAAAUAUUAGAAAUCUAGAUACGUAUUAAUCAGUCAACAUGGGUCGCAAAUUCGUUGUUGGAGGUAACUGGAAGAUGAAUGGUGACAAGAAACAAGUGACGGACAUUAUCGAGACACUGAAGAAAGGUCCCCUAGACCCAAAUGUUGAGGUUGUAGUUGGUGUGCCAGCGAUUUACCUGGCAUAUGUACAAAGCAUUGUACCCAGCUCUAUUGAAGUUGCCGCACAAAACUGCUGGAAAGUUGCAAAGGGAGCUUUUACUGGUGAAAUCUCUCCAGCAAUGAUCAAAGACAUUGGAUCUAACUGGGUUAUCCUUGGACAUUCAGAAAGGAGAACUAUCUUUGGUGAGAAAGAUGACCUUGUUGCAGAGAAAGUAGCUCAUGCCCUUGAGAACGGUCUGAAAGUCAUUGCUUGCAUUGGAGAGACUCUUGAGGAGAGGGAAGCUGGCAAGACUGAGGAAGUUGUGUUCAGGCAGACUCAAGCUUUGGUGCCAGCCAUUGGCAGCAAUUGGGGCAAUGUCGUCCUGGCCUAUGAACCCGUGUGGGCCAUUGGCACUGGCAAGACUGCCACACCUCAACAGGCUCAAGAUGUCCACGCCUCCCUGCGCAGCUGGCUCGCUAAAAAUGUGUCGGCGGAUGUAGCCGCGUCAGUCCGCAUCCAGUACGGCGGUUCUGUGACCGCAGCUAACGCCAAAGAGCUGGCGGCCUGCCCUGACAUCGACGGCUUCCUCGUCGGCGGCGCCAGUCUCAAGCCAGAAUUCGUGGACAUUGUCAAUGCCACCAAGUAAAAAAAUAUAAAAAAGAAACAAAAAUCAUGUUUGCUUGCGUACAGAUUUAUUUGCGUGAUGCUCGUUGGAUGUAAAAAGAAAUUGUUGUUACUUUGCUGUAAGUUUAUUUAUUAGUUAUAUGAAAAAUCACGUUCAAUAUAAGAUUAUAAUAUUUGCUUUUGCGAAUGAAAGAGACUUUUUCGAGAUUUUAACAUGUAGCAAGUAACCGAUGGUUAUCAUAGCCAUAAGAAAAUAAUUUAUGAACAAAAUUUUUCUUUUAUUAAUAGUUUAUUUUGUGUAUUUAUUUUUGAACCAGCUAUAAAAACAUGUAUUUCUAAUCAUUCUAACCUCUGGGGUUAAAUCAUGAAUUAUGUUUUAUUGUACACAUAUAAUUUAUUUUCUGGAAAA